GGGGGGGUUGUCUCACCAGCCAGCACUGGAUUUGAUCUGGCUAGAAAGAGCAAAGCCGUUGCUAUUGUAAAAAAAGAAAAAGAAAAAUCACCGCUCUCUGAGUUCAUUUCUGCAGAACUGUUCCCUCCCAAGGCACGCGGAUGUCUGCUUGAGAGCAGUCCUUCCUCCCUAUUCAGCAUUCCAGCUGGAUAAACUCGGACAACCAUGGCAACCUACGUUCUUCAGAUGGCUGGACUGGUGCUUGGUGGUGUUGGCAUGGUGGGCACAGUGGCUGUUACUAUCAUGCCUCAGUGGAGAGUGUCUGCCUUCAUCGAAAGUAACAUUGUGGUCUUUGAGAACCGCUGGGAAGGCCUGUGGAUGAACUGCAUGAGGCAUGCCAACAUCAGAAUGCAGUGCAAGGUCUACGACUCCCUGCUGGCUCUUAGUCCAGACCUCCAGGCGUCCAGAGGACUGAUGUGCGCUGCCUCGGUCCUGUCCUUCCUGGCUUUCAUGACAGCCAUCCUCGGAAUGAAGUGCACCAGGUGUACGGGAGAGGAUGAGAACGUGAAGAGCCGCAUCUUGCUGACGGCAGGAAUCAUCUUUGUCAUCACUGGCUUGGUUGUGCUCAUCCCUGUCAGCUGGGUUGCCAACUCCAUCAUCAGAGACUUCUACAACCCGCUGGUGGAUGUGGCCCAGAAGCGUGAGCUUGGAGAAGCCCUCUACAUAGGCUGGACCACAGCGCUGGUGCUGAUCGCUGGGGGAGUGCUGUUCUGUUGCGUGUUUUGCUGCACCGAAAGGAGCAGCAGUUACAGAUACUCCAUCCCAUCUCAUCGCACCACUCAAAGGAGUUUCCACGCGGAAAAGAGAUCCCCGAGCAUAUACUCCAAAAGUCAGUAUGUGUAGUUGUGUGUGUGUGUUAACUGUAGCUAUAAAGCCAAGCAAGUCACUGAAACGGCCGCUAUUUCAGAGAAAUGGAGCCCACAGUGUACCCAUCUACCUUUCGUAACUGCCUAGCACUCAGUACAGGAAAUACGCAGCGUCUAUGAUUCCAUAAAUGGCUUUAGCAGAAUGAGGUAUUAUGCACAUUGCUUCAAUUGUUCUAGGAAGCAUAGUCAUUUGUUUUCUGAAAUGGUUCACACAGCUCUUCCUUUUAUCAGUUACUCUAAAACGGCACAUCUAAAGACUGUUGGUUUAAACUGUAAUUUCUCUGUGUCAUGCUAUUAUACAAGUAGGUGAGGGGGGCAGUUAUAUCUCACACAAAUAGAGACAGGCUUAUAUGGCUCUAUUUAAAGUGAAAUGCCAAUCCAUCACUCUGAAUAAAUAGAAAUCAGCUAUUGCUUUUCAGGGGGAGCUUGGGAUAGAAGGGAAGAAGGCUGAUAUUAAUUUCCUUAAAACAGCUUAAGGAUUAGUGGAUUCUAUUUAUAGUGAAGGUUAAAAUGAAGGCUUUAAUCAUUAGUGUAAAGGAAAAUAAAUGGCUUUCUGAUAUCCUGCUUUGCAGCCUCUGGGAGUUACAAAUCCCAUCACCUUUAUCCUUUCCCUCCAGAGGCCAUUACUUUUUGUUGUCUAUUAAAUUAGUAUCUUUUAAAUUUUAAAGCAGACAUUUUGGCAAAAUAUUUUUUGCUCAAACUACUUUUAUCACAAUUGUGCUAAGAAGAGAGAUAAAGCAGUGGUCCUAGAAAAAUGAACAAUUUUAGAAAAAUAAAUUUAUUUUAACCUUUAUGUUUAGAGAUGUAUUGUUUUUCAAAUGAAGUCAUAUGUGUAAGGGACAUUUCAAACACUAUUUGUGCAUAAUUUUGGAGAAUUUGUCAGUAUAAAUGAAGAAGAAAAGAAAGAAUGUUUUGAUUGUCAUUUUUUUUACCCAAAAAAGGCACAACUAUUCCAAACCAAAAAAUGUGUCCUUUCUGAACUCAUGUAACUAAAUCCAAGUAGUCAGUUCAGUUCUGUUAAAGAUGAAUUUCUGUACUUGCUACUUGUUUUUGCUGAGUUUUACUAAAGUGUGGUAUUACUAUGUGUUUCUUCCUAAUUUGAGACAAUUGUUAAUCCAAUUUCAAAUACAUGAGUCUGUAUUAAUGAUUUCUGUGUAAUUUGCUCUGUAUCUUAUAUUGAUAAAUUGUACCUCUUAUAACAAGAUAGCAUUCUUACAUUUACCAUCCUUUUAUUUGUGCAAGUUUUUAAAACUUGGCAUUGACUAUUUUAGUUUUGAACAUAGAUUAUGUGUUCAUUUUUAGGUGUAGUGUAUGAUUUAAAAUCAAUUUACCUUAUAAAGACUACAUGAAUGCACUAAUAGUUGAUAACUAUAAUAUAUUAAUAAUAUGUUAAGUUGUACUUAAGUCCAAUGAAAUUUAUUUGUUGUAAGUGUUGUGAUGUAAUCAUUGUGCUUUAAAAAGUUGUCUAUGUAUAUUUCAACUUCUGAGAAUUAAUAUGAAUUAAAAGUAAUGCUUGAUUUUGAAGUAUA